ACGUUAUUACACUACACUUCCCAUGAUUCCGCGCGCACGGCGGAUGUUUUUCGUUUACCGGACACACGUUUCUGCUCUCGUGCUCUGAUCUUCCUGCUGAAUUAAACCCACAAACCGGCCGUCGGUGAGAUCAGAGAAACACCACAACUAAACACACCGUCUUAUCUGUUCACGGAACCGGCUGUUAUUAUCGCGUCAGCUCGGACGGUCGCGAUGUUCCUGUCUUCGGUACCGGCGCGCGUCCUGAUGCGAAGGUCGCGCAGUCUGUCGCCGUGCCGCGCGCUGCAAACCGGCCACGGCGAGGCCUCCCGCUUCCGAAACCUCUGCGAGCUCGAACCGAACCGGAGCCCGGUGGCCAGCGGCUCGCGAGCGUCCAGAAAGAGCGUUGUGAGCGAGGAGUCGCACAUGCAGUACCAUCAGCUGGCCAGCAGGUGGCGAGUGAGCCUGGAGGGCCGCCGGAGCAGCUGGGCGAGUCUGACCGCCGCGGGGCGCUACAGGGACGGACACCACAGCCGCUCAGACUCCGCUGGCGCUGCCGGAGCCGCGGGCGUCAUCUCAGCCGCGGCCCUCGCCUUCUGCUUUAAGAAAGACAGCGAUGAUAAAGCUGAAGCUCUUCUAGAUGCUGCCAGAUCCAGUAACACUGAGGAGGUGAUCAGGUCGUUGGCGCAGGGAGCCGAUCCAAACAGUCGACACCGUUUGGGCUGGACGGCUCUCAUGGUGGCCGCCAUGAACAGACAGCACAAUGUGGUGAAGGUCCUGCUGGAGGCGGGUGCCGACCCGAACCUGGGCGACGACUUCAGCAGCGUGUAUGAAACGGCACGAGAGAAGGGCGUUCACUCCUUAGAGGUGCUGGUGAGCCGCGAGGACGAGUUCAGCAAUCGUCUCAGCAGCCGCGCUUCUUUCCGGGGCUGUUCUGCUCUGCAUUACGCCGCGCUGGCCGACGACCUGCGGACCGUACGGAUGCUGCUGGACGCAGGUGCCAACCCCUUACGGAAGAACGACCUGGGACACACGCCGCUGACGUACGCCAAAGAGGGAGAGAUGGCCACGCUGCUGAAAGAGGCCCAGAACACGUUUGGGGAGGCGCAGCGGAAGCGCGAGGCGGAGGAGAGGAGGAAGUUUCCUCUGGAGCGCAGGCUGAAGGAGCACAUCAUUGGACAGGAAGGAGCCAUCAAUACAGUGGCAUCAGCCAUUAGGAGGAAGGAGAAUGGCUGGUACGAUGAAGAACAUCCCCUCGUCUUCCUCUUCCUUGGCUCGUCUGGAAUCGGUAAAACGGAGCUGGCCAAGCAGGUGGCGCGAUACAUGCAUAAAGACAUUAAGAAGGGUUUCAUCCGGAUGGACAUGUCUGAAUUUCAGGAGAAACAUGAGGUGGCGAAGUUCAUUGGUUCUCCUCCAGGGUACGUGGGUCACGAAGAAGGAGGUCAGCUGACCAAACGGCUCAAACAGUGUCCGAACGCCGUGGUUCUGUUCGACGAGGUGGAUAAAGCUCAUCCAGACGUGCUGACCAUCAUGUUGCAGCUCUUUGAUGAGGGUCGACUGACUGAUGGGAAAGGGAAGACGAUUGAGUGUAAAGAUGCCAUCUUCAUCAUGACGUCCAAUGCAGCCAGUGAUGAAAUUGCCCAGCAUGCAUUGCAGCUGAGACAGGAAGCUCAGGAGCAAAGCCGCCGACGUCUGGCUGAAAAUCUGGAGGACGUUCAGAAAUCUGAGAAGAUCACCAUCUCCAACACGUUCAAAGAGCAGGUGAUCCGGCCCAUCCUCAAGGCUCAUUUCCGACGGGACGAGUUUCUGGGGAGGAUCAACGAGAUCGUUUACUUCCUGCCGUUCUGUCACUCUGAACUCAUUCAGCUGGUCAGCAAAGAGCUCAACUACUGGGCCAAGAAGGCCAAGCAGAGGCACAACAUCACGCUGCUGUGGGAGCGUCCCGUACUGGAUCUGCUGGCGAGAGGAUAUAACCUGCAUUACGGCGCGCGCUCCAUCAAACACGAGGUGGAGCGGCGGGUGGUGAAUCAGCUGGCGGCGGCGUACGAACAGGAGCUGCUGCCGAAGGGCUGUACGCUGCGUCUGAUCGUCGACGGAGGACAGCAGGAGAAGGAUGGAGCUCCAUCUCUCCGUCUGGAGGUGGUGGGUGAAGACAGCAUCGCACGAAAACUGGACAUCCGCCCGCCGCUGAACCCCGAGGACGUGACGUACGCCCACCGACAUCACUGAGCAUUUACGCUUCAGUGUUUGUCUGGUAAUGAAUCGCUCACGCACACAUCAGAUUAUUGACAGACAUGUAAAAAUGACAUAUACGGUGUUUGUAAUGCUCAACUCUACAUCUGCGCUCACACUCGUAACGUUAAUAACGCACAUAAAUCACAGCAGCUUUAUGAUGUUUGUGAUAAUGAAGAUCUCCAUCACGCUUCCAGAGCGCUGGUCACGUGUACAGACAUAUAGAUGUGUAUAUUUAUGAAAACUAAAGUAUAUAAGAGAGUCUUUAUGGCGCAUGUGAUCACAUGUUUUCACCGGCAGGACGUGUUCAUCAAAGUGUAUUAGAAAGUUUGGAUUAAAAUGUUAACAUGAAAUUUGAGUCAAUUUAUGUUCCCGCACUUAUUGUGAGUGAUUUUUAAGCUUUAUUCCAAAGGAAAAAUAAUCAGGUUUCAUUUGUUAACGUCGCUUAACUGUAAAAGUUGACAUGAACUGACAAUGCAAAAUUAUUCUUAAUAUUCUUAUUGUUAUUAUAAUAUCAUUAUAUUAUUUAUUAAAUAUUAUUAUAAUAAAUAUAUAUGCAACGCUGGACCACAAAGCAUGUCAUAAGGAUAAAAACUAAAUAAAUAAGCUUUCGACUGAUGUAUGGUUUGUUAGGAUAUGACAGUAUUUAGCUAAACUAUUUAAAAAUCUGGAAUCUGAGGGUGCAAAAAAAUCUAAAUAUUGAGAAAAUCAAUAAAAGUUGUCCAAAUGAAGGUCUUAGCAAUGCAUAUUACUAAUCAAAAAUUACUUUUUGAUAUAUUUACGUUGGGAAAUUUACAAAAUGUUAUAUUUUAUAUAUACAAAAAAAUUUAAUCAUAUAUAAUAUAAUAUUAUAUUAUGUCAUAUAAAAUUAAUAAUAUUAAUAAUUAAUGCACAAAUAACAUGAGCAACUACGCUUUAUUUUAUGGCAUGUAAUUGUGCAUUUAAAUACUGAGUAAUAUUAAUUAACUACAUGUACUUUGGGGUGAGGGUUAGAUUGAGGGUUUGUUUUAGGGUUAGUUGCAUGUAUUUAUGCAUCAUUUAUUAUUAUAGUAAGUACACGUAAUGUGAAAAUAAAAUAAUACCUUGUAUUUCUCUUAGCUAACAAUAACAAAGAUUGUUACAUCUCAAAUAUGUAUUGCUCACUUGAGAUUGUUGAGAUUGUCAGGUGUUACCAAAAAAAGUCUUCAUGAUCUGAAUCAUAAUGUAAAACACUAGUUCUGUGCUGCAUUUUGUCUCACUUCGUUUCACUUCAAAUAUGUCAAAUUGAUCUUAACCACAAAAAUGGACAUGUUCUUAUAAUUCAAGUGAUUAGAAGAGAAACAGCGGAGCAGAAACGUCUGAAACGUGAAGAUCUUCAGGUGCUUUUGUGUAAAACAUCAGUGUUUUGUGUGUUUAUUGUAGGUUGACUCAUGUAUGUGUUUAACUGCAAACCAAGUUUUUUUAUUCUUGUACACAAAGCUAAAUAAAGUUCAGAAAGU